UGUUGGUUUAAGUAUUUUUCCGUAUUUAUAAUUUUAUGGAUUUGAAGGGACACUGGAUUUACCGCUCGGUUUCGCAGUUUGUGACAAUAUUGACAAAUUUGUCAUGACUGUGGAUAUGUUUACGUAUUGUACAAAAAAGUCAUAGAUUCUGAUGUGAUGGCGGUCACCGGUGCCGCAGCUUUGAGGGCUCACUGGAAGCCCACUCUGCCAGCUCCACGUGGAAGACCUGCAGUUCCCUCAGCUGACGAAUUUCAGAAGUGGAUGAAGGAGCAAGACGAUUUACGAAAGAAUGCACAGAUAAAAAUCGAAGACGAUAACACGAUUGACAUUGACGAGGGGAAUCAGCCCUCCAGUGCCGAUUUGACCAUCCCUUCCAAGACACAGCACCACUAUGAACUCGUGCAUCACAAUGGGAAGGAGUACUGGCGUCGGCGUAAAAAUGACACGGAAGACUGGAAUUCUUUCUAUCUGGAAAAACUCCGUCUGGAAGGAAUGCGCAUAGAAGAAGCCAACGAUGAUCCAUACAAAUUCGAAGCAGAUGAAAUGGACUUCGAAAACCAACGCUAUUUGGAAAGAUGUAAACUGUUUGGCGGAGAGGAUGAUGUGGCGUCCGAUACUGUGGAGGAGAAGAGUCCGCAGGACGAUUUGUUGAAUUUGCUGUAUGGUGAUAUUCCCUUUGAAGAUGAGGAUGUGGAAGUAGAACGGCAACAAGUUCCGCCUACACCGACUGAACCGCAUUUGCGUCGUCGAAUUGACUACCAACGAUUUUACAAUCUCUCUCAGCCGUUCGAUUAUGAUACCGAUCUUCCGGUUUAUCACCAUAAAGACGAGGUCCUGGAUAGCGUUAGAAGCAACCGGGUCACUAUUGUGGUAGGAUGCACUGGUUCUGGAAAGACCACCCAGAUCCCGUUGUAUAUUCUCGACAGUUGUGCUGAGGCGAACGAGCCGUGCAAUAUUGUUGUCACUCAGCCGCGCCGCUUGGCCGCUGUUACGAAUGCUGUCCGCGUAGCGUCAUUGCGCAAUGGACCAACUGGGAGAAAGUGGAAAUUGGGACACCUUGUUGGUUUUCAUGUUGGCAUGAGCAAAAGAAUAUCUCCGCUGACAAGGUUGACCUUUUGCACGACCGCGAUUCUCUUGAAAACCAUCGGAAGUGAUCUAAAUCUGGGAAGAUUCACUCACAUAAUCUUGGAUGAGGUCCAUGAGCGAGACCAAGAUACGGACUUGUCAUUGAUGCUGGUUAAAAAAAUGAUGUUAGAAAAUUCUCGUCAUGUGAAGCUGAUCAUUAUGUCCGCGACGAUGGAUUUUGAGAAAAUCGCCAGUUACUUUACUCGAAAUCAUGCCAGUUUGAAUCCGAAUAAGAUAGAAAUUGAACAGCUGAACAACGUCGGAAUUGACGAAUAUUUCCUGGAUGAAUUGUGGCCAAAUACGCAAGAGAAGCCGUGGCCUAAAUUUGACCUUGGGAAUCCAAAGAUUGAUAAUCCAGUUGCGAAGUACCUUGUUGAGCUGAUCGCCGAACUUCCAGCUCAGGCUGGUUCAGGGAAGUGCCAGUCAUCAUCCGCUGUUGGUGCUGUAUUAGUGUUCUUGCCCGGCAUGAGUGAUAUCGAAGAUUUUGCUAAAAUCCUUGUCAAAGAAUCGGAAAAAAAUGGGUAUGAUUGGGAAAUUAUGGGAUUACAUUCGAUUCUAAGCAGUGAACUGCAACAAAAUAUCAUGAGAACCCCGUUACCGCACAUCCGUCGCAUCAUCUUAUCGACCAAUAUUGCCGAGAGCUCAAUUACCAUCCCCUACGUCGUUUUUGUUGUUGAUUUGGGUCUGACAAAGCGGCUUAUUGUGGAUCGGGAAUUGGAUAUUCCUCGGCUGGCUGUACAGUGGGCAUCGAAGGCCAAUAUGACCCAGCGAAAAGGACGAUGUGGUCGCGUCCAGCGUGGUGCGUACUUUUGUCUGCUUCCACGACAAUUUCACGAUAAAUUCAGUGCUCACGAAGAACCGGAAAUGAAGUUAGCACCGAUCCAUCAUUCGCUCUUACACGUGAAAGUGUUGAAUUUGCCGAAAGCCUUUAAACCCCAUCAUCUCUUCGCUUUACUCUUGGAUCCUCCCGCCCGCCGGGAAAUUGACAUCGGCAUUUUGCAACUUAAAGAAGUUGGAGCACUAAGUCUGUACAUGGAUGGAAGGGUCAGUCGAGAUAAUGGUGAAAUCACCAAACUUGGGCGUAUUUUGGAGCGGUUGCCUGUUAGCAUCAGUGUCGGCCGUUUGGUGGUACUUUCACAUAUGUUCGGUAUGCUGGAUGACGGAAUCACAUUGGCUGCUGGGUUAAGCAUCCGCAAUGUCUUUCUUGCAUCAAUAUCCCGUGCAGACGCUCUGCAGAAUUGGAAAGAAAAGCAAACAAUUUAUGGAGCUGGUGAAAGUGAUUGUCUGGCUGUUCUAAUGGCCUACGAAAAAUACCGGGCGAUGCAGAAACUUCGGAGCACCUUGGCACAGGAAGAAAAGUGGUGCGACGAUAACUUGCUCAGCAUGCAGCGGAUGCGAGAAAUGGACAACACUCGCACGGAUUUGUGCUUUCGGCUUGAAGAAAUUGGCCUUUAUAACCACAGUUUGUUCCAAAAGAUGACACCGUUAUCUCUUGUAGUACGGGAUGAUCUGCUUCGGGUGCUGAUUGCCGGAAGUUUUUACCCGCUUUAUUUUCGCCAAAAUCCGAUUGAUUCUCAGGUAGCAUCCAAUGAGCUGCCUUACGGAGAUCCUAGCUUAUCUGUUUAUUUCAAGUAUUUGCCGGAGUUUGAAGGACCUUUGUACGAGCAGCAGCUGCAACAGAUUUUGGAUCCUUUACAGCUUCGUAGCGAAAUACCCCCGCAGAUUAUUUACAAGGAUGAUAAGGCGUACGUGAAUUUCAGCCGGCACAGCUUGACGUCUGGCCAGUAUGGGGUGUGUUCCGGAGUGCAACUUUUGAUUCAGUCUUUAAGGCGUGAAAGGAAGAACGACAUGCUGACCGUCGUUGAAGCCCCGCCUUGGUACCGCGAUUUCAUGAAACAAGCGGAAGAGAACUGGAGAUCGAACAGGGCGGGAGUGUUGUCUUCCUUUUUAUUCGCGGCCACUCCUGAACAACGAACACCGGUUAUACCAGCCCCUUACUUACCACCUUUUUGUCAGAGUGAAAUUCGUAUCAUUGUCUGCCAUGUCUUGUCACCUGUUCGAAUUUUCGUUCGAGAACACAGUAGGAACAAAGAUUUCGAAUUUGUUAUGGCCGAGUUGCAGAAGUUCAAAACAAAUCCGCCUCCUGUUUUGGUUGGUAUUAUGCCGGGUGAUUUCGCUUUGGCUAUUGAUGAAGCGUCAGUCGUUCGCCGCGUGCAAAUCGUUCGGAGACUUACGAAUGACGUUUUUCAGGUUUUUGCCGUGGACAUUGGGAGAUACUUUAAGGCGAAGGAAAAUUUUAUCAGGCAGAUUCCAACAGAAGCCGCGUUAGUCCCGGCAUUCGCUCUCGAAUUUACCUUUGCGCAGCUGCAAGUGCGAAAAACCUUGACAGCUGAAGUGCUGGCUUACUUGCAAAACUUGCUGUAUUUUAACGACGAAGUAAUUUGCAAAAUGGAGGUGUAUUCGCUGCUGAGCUCGGUCAUCCAUGGAAUCUUGCAUGUGAACCAUCCCGUUACUGGAAAUGCGGAUGUCAACCUAAAUGAGCACCUGAUGGCAUUGGGUUUUGCGUACCAAGGACAAGAAAAUUUGCUUUCGCAAACUAUGCAUGAUAAGAGGUCGGCUGAAAUGAUGAAUGGUCCUACAGGGAUUUUCCAAGUUAACCCUGCCAUUAAUUUUGAAACUACGAAUCAGAAAUUGGCCGUAAAUGGACCGUUCAAUCCCGUGACAGCGAAAUUUCAGCCGAUCCUUUCUCAGCUUCAGGGAAGCGUCGUCCACUGCUCGUCGGACAGUGUGAACGCGCACAUUAUGGACGGUGACUACGUGCACAGCGGCAUUGUUCCUCGAUGGUUGGUGGCCACGUGCAUCGAGAAAGCGGAGAAAGCUGAUCGCAUCGUUUUACGAAAUACGACAGUUCUGCCGCGGCAACCGGGACUUGUCAGUUUAAUUCUCGCGUUAUUUGCUCCUUGCAUUCAGUUGCAAAGCGAUGAUCCAAGGGGAUACACAGGUGCCAUUACCGGUUUGGGUUUUGGUAAAACCUCGUCCGGAAAGGAAGUUCCAGUGUACGGCGAUCACGAUAUACGGAUAUAUUUUGAUACGCUGCUAACACCUUCGGAUAUCGACUCGAUUGAUAUGGUACGCAGUAUGGUUAAUCAAAUGUUGAGAUCGAUCACCCUGUCCAGCCGUGCUUUGGAAAUUAAUGAGCGGGGGGUUGAGAAAUUACAGAAUGUUUGUCGUAACACAGUACUCAGGCUACUGCGCCGCCCUCGUAAGGAAGUUUUGGUUGAAAAGUAUGCGGAAGUUCAGAAUUACCUUUGGAGUGCUAAAACACCGUUAUGGGAUCCAGUGUCCGGCACUGUUGAUGCGACUUCCGAGGCUUUUCUGAACAGAGUUCUGCAUCCGAUUCAAGCUGUACCUUUGCCCAAGCUGAAAGAAUUGGCAGUCCUCGAUAAACUAGAAGAUGACUUGUGGGAACUUCAUAUGGACGCCGUCCGAAGUGAGGUGGAUCGCGGUGCCUUCAGACUCGGGGACGAAGUUCGAAUGGAGUGUCCGGCAUGUCGCGUUCCCUUGCGUUUUCGUUACAAUAUCAUAGAUCAUAUCCAUUCCAAAAAUCAUUUAGACAUUGUGAGUGAACGCUUCAAAUGCAACACCGUGUCGCGUUUGUGGAUUCACGAUGAAUAAUCAAUCGUUUUUUUAAGUCGUUCGAACGGCAAGAUUCAUGGCUGUUGUACGAUUACUGUCAGUAUCCGUAUGAUGUAUAUAAGGAUGUCUUUUUUUGUGCAAAAAUUGGUAUAGUGAAAAAUUUGAGGUGUCUCAUGUGUAUUCAUUUCUGACAUGUGUAUUUAUUUCUGUUUCUGUUUGAUAAGGGUUUGAAUAUUAUUGUCGGUGGUAGUCACUUGUAGUGCUCAUCGAAUGUAUGAUAUUGUGAUA